AUGGUUGAAAAUCUCCAGGAAUUGGACAAUGCUGAAGCUUCGCAGUCAAGGGCAGCUCGAAGAUUUUCCCAACUCCCUUUCAAUUUGGAGUUCAAUCUCAUUCAUCCUGAUUCUGAUCAAAUCCCUUUCGUUGAAUCUGGUAAUUAUGUGGCCUAUAACAAUGAGAAGGGUGGAGUUAUUUGUAGUUUGAAGGAAGAUGGUAUUGUUGAUUUGGACGCUGAGGUUCGUGGUAUACCUGAAUGGGUAUCAACCAAGGCAAUGGUUGAUUCAUGGCUUGCAGAUGCAGUCAUUUAUGAACUUUGGGUGGGGUCUGAUGGUAAGUCUGCGUACAAGAUUUAUUACUCUGAUCUCCCAUGGCCAAUAGGAAAACUGUUAUACUUAAAGCAAGUCCGUGCUGUGAAACAACUACUUGGGAUAACUUCAGAGAAUGCAGAGAAAAGAGAAGAAGAGAUUUACCGGAAAGCUACCAGUGCUUAUGGUGCUUUGUCAUCUAGGCUAGGUGAGGAGUCCCUUUUCUUUGAGAAUAGGCCAACAAGUUUGGACGCAGUGGUUCUUGGCCAUGUGCUUUUCACACUUCAUGCAUUACCCGAAACAUCAUUGCUCCGAAGCAAGCUCUUGGAUCAUACUAAUCUUGUAAAUUAUGCUGAAAGCCACAAGGCAGAGUAUAUAGAUGCCAAUUCAUCCGCAUCUGUUCCUGAAUCAGGCCCCUCUACAUCUGCUUCAAGGAGAGGUCCUUCACAGUGGAGUUCAAAGCCAAAGAGCAAAUCUAAGAGGGAGAAAACAGAGGAAGAGAAGAAGUUCAGAAGACGGGCUAAAUACUUUUUGGUCACUCAACUGGUUGCUGUUUUAGUUUUUCUCUCCCUACUCGGUGGAUCUGAUGAUGCUGAAGUUGAACUUGAAGAUGAUGAUGAUGCUAUCAAUUAUGAAUAA